CUUAAACUAUGAAUUCUGUAUCAGAAUCAUUCAAAAACAAUCCUCUCCAUUUCAAACAUAUCAUUCCACUUGAUUUCAACACUACCCUUACAUUACCCGACUCCCACACAUGGCCCCUAUCCCUGGAGCCCAUCGACUCAUUAACCCAUGUCCAGCAUGAAGCUUUGCCGGUCAUUGACUUAACCAACCCGCAGGCCAUCACACUUAUUCGACAAGCAUGUGAGAAAUGGGGUGUGUUUCAGGUCACUAACCAUGACAUUCCCGUCAAACUCCUUAAUGAAAUCGAGUUUCAAACUAAGCGAUUAUUUGCACUGCCGCUAAAUCAAAAACUUCUGGCUGUCCGAUCACCAGAGGGAUGCACCGGUUAUGGCUUGCCUCGCAUGUCCACCUUCUUCUCUAAGUUCAUUUGGUCUGAAGGCUUCACCGUUAUGGGGUCUCCAGUGGAUCAUGCUUGCCAACUUUGGCCGCACGACAACGCCAAUUUCUGCAAUGUGCUGGUAGAGUACCAAAAGGAACUCGACACACUAACUGAGAAGAUACUCGUACUGAUGUUUAAGUCAUUGGGCUUAACCCAAGAGGACGUUAAAUGGUUCAAGCCCAAUAAUGAAAGCAAACCUCCACAGGCUGUGCUCCAACUGAAUUCAUACCCAGUUUGUCCGGACCCCAGUAGGGCCAUGGGCUUAGCUCCACAUACCGAUUCAUCUCUACUUACUUUGAUAUACCAAAACAACACCAGCGGCCUCCAAGUUUACAGAGACAACCUUGGAUGGGUGCCGGUGAAACCAAUCACUGCUGCAGUUGUAGUCAUGGUUGGCGACUUGAUGCACAUAGCCUGCAAUGGUCUGUUCAAAUGUGCAUUACAUCGUGCACUUGUCAACAAGACUCAUACACGCAUAUCAAUUGCUCACUUUUAUGGGCCACCAAGAGACGUCAAGAUUUCACCAUGUUUGAAGUUGGUUGAUCCUGAUCACCCUAUUCUCUAUCGCCCCGUCACAUGGAAAGAGUAUCUUGAUGCCAAGGCAAUACAUUUCAAUAACGCACUUGAGUUGAUUCGAGACAAAAAUAAUUCUGGAUGUACACAUCUUUAA